AUGGAACAACAAAGAUUAGACGAGGAACGUAUACUACUUGAACGUCCAAAAUUAAUAACAGCGAGUCAAACGAAUGAGAUACGACGAACUCAUGACCGAUCGUUGUAUAAUAUUUUGUCAAUUGAUGGUGGUGGUUUUAGAGGUGUUAUGCCAGCUAUCUGGUUAACAGCAAUCGAAAGAGGAACAAGACGCCACUGUUCAUCCAUAUUUCAGAUGUUAGCUGGUACAUCAACGGGUGCUAUUAUUGCUUGUGGUCUCUCUAUGCCUCCUGCUGCAAAUAAUACAGAGCCUAUAUACACAGCCAGAGAUAUUGUUUAUUUGUAUAAUAGACAUGCAUCCGAUAUUUUUGUUCCUGCAACACGCCGUCGUUUAAUUUAUCGAUGGUGUACGCAAUCAUCUCGCUAUUCGAGAAUCGGCCGUGAACUUCUAUUCAAGAAGUAUUUUGAAGGUGCUUUAAUAUGUAAUUCUCUAACGGAUGUCGUCGUACCAGCUGUACAAGCUGAUCAUACUCGUACUUAUCUUUUCACACGCUAUGACUCACGAACUGGGAAUAUUCGACCUGCUUCUAUUGUAGAUAUUCUCAUGAGCACUACAGCUGCGCCAACUUAUUUUCGACCACAUGCAUUUGACUAUUCGGCUUAUGUAGACGGUGGUGUUCAAAUGAAUAAUCCAACCAUAGCUGCUUAUUCAGAGGCUUUACGAUACGGUUGUCGCAGUGAAGACAUAUUCGUAUUGUCCUUAGGUACUGGUGACUAUGUUCAUGAUCCUUUACGUUGGCCAACUGCCAGUCGUAACUGCUGUUUUUGA